AUGAAUAAUAAUAAUAAAAUGGGCAAUGAUAUAAACUCUGUGGAGUUGACUUCGAGUCUUUCCUUCCAAAAUUUGGCUAGUCUUUAUCAAAAUAAUUCAGAUAAAUCGGUUAUGUCAAAUAUUACUUCUAAAAUUGAAGCAGCUUCAGCAAAUGAAAAAGCUAGUAAGGGAGUUAAUAAACUUAGGAGACAAAAAUCUAUUGAACAAUUGAAUAACUAUAUAUAUGAUUUUUUAAUGAAAUCAUCUCUUAAGAAGACUGCUAAAGCGUUUGCCAAAGAGGCAAAAAUCGUUGAUAAAAUAAAGAAAAGUCAUAUAGAAACAAAUACAAAAGGAAACAAAAAUAAUAUGUUUACAACAACUCAUAUGGAUAUUUUAGGGAACGCUACAAUGAAUAAUUCUAAAAAUUUGAACCCGACACUGGAAGAUACAUCAAAUGGUUUUUUACUAGAAUGGUGGGAGGUAUUUUGGGAUAUUUUGAAUGCUAAAACACAAAAGACUGGCUCAAAUGAUGCACAGAAUUACGUAAAUAUACUCAACCAAAGAGAAACUCAAGAACAUAUUUAUAAGAGUCUUAUUGUGCAUGCAGCCAGAACUCAACAUGUAGCAGAACAUAGAGGACAUUACAAUACGGAUUUGUUUGAUCCAGUAACAUUUGCAAUGGUGGUUGAAAAUAUUGAGAAAACAGGUUCAAUCGAAGGCGUGAUUGAUGCAUUGAAAGAUAAUUCACCAAAUUUAAAUCCGAACAACUACAACUCAACAAGGCCUGUUCAAAGACAGCAGCAGCAGCAGCAGCAGUUUCAACAACAACAGCAACAACAGCAACAACAGCAACAACAGCAACAACAGCAACAACAGCAACAACAGCAACAGCAACAGCAAAUGCAAAUGCAAAUGCAACAGCAAAUGCAACAGAACAUACAGAUGAGGCCACAAUUUGUACCGAAUAAUAUUCCAAACAUGCCUCCAUAUAAUCCCACAAAUAAUACCCAGAACUACCCUUACAUGAAUCCGUAUAUGAACAUGCAAGGAAAUAUGAGUUUAAAUAACUCGCCUGUUGCACCAUUAAAUAACAUGUCAGAAGUUCCUCAAUUAAGUUUAAAUGCAAAAUUUGUUUCCAAAAGUCGGCCAAAAAAUACUUCACGUAGUGUUAAAGCUAAGCGUUGUGCAAAAUCUGAUCAAAAAUCUCCAGAUGAGUCUAAAGUCACGAACUCCCAAAUUGUAAUAAAUAAUCGAGCAGCUGAAAAGGAUUCAUUGUCUAAGAAACGGACAAACACCAUUUCAUCAAAGAACAACGGUAAUGGGAUUAAUAAGAAAGUAACAGAAUUCAAAAGCCCACAAGUUACAUCAACAAAUAAUUUUUUAAAUGGGGCAUCUAUUUCACAAAAAUCAGAUGUACCCCAGCAGUCAUCAUUGUCUGAUAAGAGAAAAAGAAGUAAUUCAACGACGUCAAUAUUAGAAUCUGUUAAUUCAAAUCAAGAAGUUAGAAAAAAAGAUUCCAAUUCUGAACCAGUAACACCUCUUCAAACUCGUUUUGGCCAAGCAAUAUCAAGAAAAACUCAGAGUAGCUCGAUGAAUCAUAAAGUAGUGUUACCAAAUUUGCUAGCCACGGUAAGUGAGAAUGGAAGUUCAUUAUAUGGAGUAACGUCUGUUAAAAACAGCAAUUACAAAAAUAUAUCAAACGCGGUGGCAGCAACUACAGCCGCAAUUACUAAGAAGAAUAAAAAGAUUCGGAAAACCGUCUCUGCAGAAGCAACCCCUGAUUCUUAUAACACCCAUCUGGAUAAAAUAAAUGCUAAGAAUGAUGUAAAAAGAACAACUAAGCAAAAUAAACAAGAUUUAUUCCAAAUACAAAAGCAAAGCGGAACAUAUGGUUUCGAGAAAAUGACAGACGGUGGCAUAACAUCUACUCAAUCAAUUGAAUUUCAUGAAAAUCAGCUAAGUUCUAUGAGUAAUUUGAGCGAAAUGGGUUCUACUCAAAUGCGAGGUUAUGAUCUAUCACUAGAUCGUAAUUUACCUUCCACCGAUAAACAAGAACCAUUGAUGCCUGAUGAUAUCUAUGGAUUCAACAAUGGAAACGCUAGUGAAAUUCUUGAUAUUGUCAAUAUUGAUGGGAUCUUAGAAAAUGAUAUUAAUACUCUGGAGUCAACGAACAAUCAAAGUCAAAAUAAAGAUGCAGGAACUAUGGAUGAUGCUGGCAACGAUACAGUUGACAAUUUUGAAUUAGAGAUACUGAGCAACAAUAAAGAUGACUUCAAUUUAAUGAAAUGGGACUAA